AUGUGGCAUGCAAAAGCACCGGUUAAUAUCGCUCAACAAAUUUCCACAAAUGCUGAUGAUAAUGAUUGGGAAACUGAUCCAGAUUUCAUCAAUGAUGUAAGCGAAAAAGAGAGUCGAUGGGGUUCCAAAACUGUUGAAGGUUCUGGUCAUCAAGAAUCUAUAUCACUCGAUCAAUUAAGAAAAGAUAUCUUAAUUGAUGAUGCAAGAAUCAGUGAAUUGAAAUCAGCGGAAAUGCCUAAAGCAAGUGACGGCUAUGGAGGAAAAUUUGGUGUUCAAAAGGAUAGGAUGGAUAAAUGUGCAGCGAAUUGGGAAUAUGAUGGGAAAGUGGAAAAACAUGUCUCGCAAAAAGACUAUUCGAGAGGUUUCGGGGGUAAAUUUGGUGUAGAAACUGAUCGAAAAGAUGCUUCUGCAGUCGGUUGGGACGAAAAAGUUGAAUUAGCCAAACAUCAAAGUCAAAAAGAUUAUUCGAAAGGAUUUGGUGGGAAAUAUGGAAUAGAAGAGGAUCGGAAAGAUAAAAGUGCUGCAGGCUGGGAUGAGCAUGAAAAACUUCAUCAGCAUGAGAGUCAACUGGAUUACAAGAAAGGCUUUGGAGGGAAAUUCGGUGUUCAGCAAGACCGCCAGGAUAAGUCUGCACAUAGCUGGGCAGAACACGAACAGCUUCAUCAGCAUGAAAGUCAAAAAGAUUAUAAAAAGGGAUUCGGUGGAAAAUUUGGUGUCCAACAAGAUCGUCAGGAUAAAUCUGCAGUUGGCUAUGAAGAUCACGAACAGCUUCAACAGCAUGAAAGCCAGAAAGACUAUAAAAAAGGAUUUGGAGGAAAGUUUGGCAUACAAGAAGAUCGUAAAGAUAAAUCAGCUGUUGGCUGGGAUGAUCAUGAACAUUUGCAAUUGCAUGAGAGUCAAAAAGAUUAUAAAAUGGGAUUCGGUGGUAAAUUUGGAGUGCAAGAGGACCGUCAAGAUAAAAGCGCUGUUGGUUGGGAAGAGCGUGAUAAAUUACAACAACACGAAAGCCAAAUCGAUUACAAGAAAGGUUUUGGUGGCCAGUUCGGCUUGCAGGAGGACAGGCAAGAUCGAAAUGCCCUUGGAUUCGACUAUCAUGAAAAAUCCGCUCCACAUGGAAAUCAAGUGGAUAAUCUCAAGGGACAAGUAAAAGAAUCCGCAGAACAAAGCAAACCUGUGGCUAAAGGCACAACUUCUAAUCUUAAGGCCAGAUUUGAGCAGUUGGCUGUUUCUGAGAAUGAAAACAAAGUUCGCCUGGAAAGGGAAAAAAGAAAACGAGAGGACGAAGAAUUACGAAAGCGACAACAACAAGAGGAAGAGGAGAGGCAGCGAAAAAUUGCUGAAGAAUGGAAGCGUAAGGAGGAAAUGGAACAACAGGUACUUUUAUUUUAA